UGCACGCGCACAUCACGGCACAUGACUACAUGAAUAAUAAACAUCAAGCAGUUGAUAUAUUGAACCCAGCUGACAUUCCUACAGUUCGAAUUUUGCAGAGUUCAAAGAUGUACGCAUAAUCUGAAGAAUAAGGAGAAGAAGACUGAUUGUGUUGUAUAUAUCGAGGAUCAACAAUUUCGCCCUCUGGAAGGUUGUACUCGAUGAGAGUAGGGAUAGGCCGUGUGAAAGACAGUCGAGAAUCAUGGAUGUUCCUUGUUAUAACUGGAUGCGUUCUCUUCUAUUUUGGAGGAAUUUUCGACAGUUAUGGUAUUCUCGUUGUGGUAUUCCUAGAAUAUUUUGAUGAGACAAACACUAAAAUAGGAUGGAUAAACUCGCUGACGUUCUCCUUGCAAUGCUUUUCAUUUCCAUUAGUUGUUGCACUUUCCCGUCGUUUUGGAUUUCGAGCAGUGAUUUUCACCUCCGCUGUUUUGGCCACUACUGGUUACUUAACCACGCCAUUGGUGCCUUCCGUGAAUUAUUUAUUUUUGUCGUAUUCCAUCCUCCUAGGAGUUAGUUUUGGUUUCGUGGACUGUAUUUCAAUUACGGUUCUCCGUGAAUACUUCGAGCGUUAUGUGGGUUUAGCGACAGGAAUCCGUUUCGCGUGCACUGCUACCGGGUCCAUGAUAUUCAAUUUUCUUAUUCCGAUCAUAAUCGACGAUAUUGGUUGGCAAAAUAUGUUUUACUGUUUUUCAUCAACGGGAGUUGCGCUGCUAUUUCUCGCAUUUUGCUACAGAACGAAACCGGCUUCGUCAAAUCGUGAAAUUAUAAUCCAAGAUGAGCCCAAAGUCAAGGAUACCAGCGUCCUUGGUCAUUCGAGAUCAAAACAGCCGUCUUUCCUUCGAGAUCGAAGCUUUCAGUUGAUUGUGAUAGGCUGUAUUCCAUUCUUAUUCGCCAUGGGUAUACCAUUGAUUUUUAUGGCUCAAUACGCUAAAUCGAUAGGUUAUCCACUUUCUCAGGCAAAAUGGCUCGUCGUUGUUCGUCCUUUAGGAUCUCUCGUUGGACGGAUUAUUGCCGGUUUAAUCGGAGAUUUUGCAUCGAGGCGUAAAGUAAUUCCGCAUAUCGCAUGUACACUCGUCACCAUAUUUGGUUUGGCGUCUGGAUUAUGUUCAUUAACACAGCAUUUACCUUUAAUGAUCUUGUACAUGACUGUUGUUGGGAUUCUCGAGGGAGUGUUCUGGGUAAUACUUCCACUAUUGAUGUACGCGCUGACAAAUGGAAUAAACUCAGACUACGCAUUUGCUGUAAUAAUCGUCAUAACAGGAACCGGAUAUUUAGCUGGGCCUUCUUCUAUGGGAAAGGUGUUUGACGUCACUGGAGACUUUCGCAUAGUUCUCUAUAUCGUUUGUGUAUGUUGCCUGGUUGCCGGUGUUAUAAUGGCUUUUGGGAUAUACGUAAGCUGGCAGACUUUAGACAGGAGUGAGUUGCGACCUGGAGAAGAUGAUACAACAAUGUGUUGGUCAAAAAUGCUAAAGAUGAAGUGUUACAAUAUCAACGGCCGCAUACAGCAAGAUAUUUUAUCACGAAGUGAAAAGCAAGCAAUGAUGCAAUACGAAACUACUGUGUGAGAGGUUCCUUUCAGGGAGUGUUUGAGAUUACUUGUUACCUGUUUACUUUCACCGUCGUCUUGUCUACACACGACAAAGCUGAAGACGUGGAGAAAUUUCUUCCUAUAAGUAAACUUGAAACUUUAAAUAAAAUUUUUCGCAUAAUCCUUUUAGGCCAAAUUUUGCAAAAUUGCAUGCCCUUAAAAACCGAUUUAAGACUCCCUACUUCCUCUAAGAGUCUAAACUUCGAUUCUUACUUCUUGUUGAUCGACUCGGGACCAAAAUUUCCUAGUUUGUGCAAAUUUUGAAGAUCAGAGACCUAUGAUCGAAGCGAAAUAUAUGUCACAAAGCCAAAGAGGCUGUAGUUCCCUUUUAAUUAAAGAGCGUCUUCUCCUUUUUCAAAUUGCAACUGUUAUUUCAUUGUUAGUAUUAACGAUGUAUGCAUGCAAUAAAUUAUAUAAAUAUUGCUUCUUGGUUGGCAAGUGACGAAAGAACGAGUGAGUGCGAGCGAACAAAUGGACACUGUUUCAAAUUGAUCAAUUUAAAAAGGGCAGGCCUUUUAAAUACAAAGUUAAAGAGAAAGCAUGCAAAUACAGCGAACUAAAAAGUCGAAAUUUUAUGCAUCAAAUAUAUUUUUCCCUUUUAAAUACAAAGUUAAAGCCGGAGAAAGCAUGCAAAUACAGGGAACUAAAAAGUCGAAAUUUUAUGCAUCAAACAUAUUUUUUGCCGUUCAGUUUCUUCAUAAUUUUGUUCAAUGAAACCAAGUUGCUAAUCCUUCCGAAAGUUUUCAUUGGUGUGUUAAAAUAAAGUGUUAAAGUAAAUAUCUUAAAAUAUUUUGAGAAUUAUAUCUUGAAUAUCACUCAUUUAUGUUUGAAUUUUAGACAUCUCAUCUUGUUGCCACCAAAAUGCCAUACGAUGAUUUUUUAUAUCAUUCUUAUAUCAAGAAAAUCGUACGUUCAU